AUGCAAGAGCGCUGGGAAGCCCAAUGGCAGGACUUCCUGAAGACACUGCAGCCCGCUCACGCAGAAGGGGGAAAACCAAUGACGUCAGAGGCUGCCCCGUGGGAUGACACCAAGGCCUUCCUGGCCUCCUUUGAGCAAGUGGCCAAGGCCUUCCGGUGGCCUAGAGGAGAGUGGGCAGCCCGGCUCCUGCCAGCCCUGAGUGGGGAAGCAGAAGAUGCCUUUCGGAGCCUGGAGGCCAGAGAUCAGGAGGACUAUGGGAAAGGGCCGCUGACGGAGGAGUUUGAAGAACCGUCAGAUCCUGUGAAGGGACAGAUCUACAAAGAAGCCGAGCAAAAUGGCAGUUUAAUCAAAUCCCAACAUUUUGCAAAUUCUUCACUUCUUCCUGAAGAACAGAAAAUGAACCAAACUGGUGUGAAGGAGGAAGAGAAGGAUGUCCGUGGAAGUCGCCUGUGUUUGCAGAUCGUCAGCCGGAGUUUGCCCCGGCCAGCCCAACAGACCACAGUCUGGCAAGUCCUGCAGGAGGACGGGGGGAACGUAGAGCCUUCAGGUGACAUGAAGGGAAGUAAGGUCAAGAUGGAGGACUGUCAGUAUGGAGGAAUCAAGCCACGGGAUAUGUCUGGGAAAGCAUCACCGAUGGGCCAAGCGAUUGUGCUGGAGACAGCUGAGAUGCACAAAGAAGGAUGCAAGUCCCAAAAGGGACAGGAGCCAGUGGAAAUAGAGGUUGAAUGUCAUGAGGUCACGGAAGUUCUUACAGCUGAUGUUAGCCCACCUUCCAAAGGACGCACAAGGGACAACAUCCCCAUGUUCUCCAAGUACGAGGAAAGAGCGCGCACGACAGCCAACCCAGGGUCCCACCGGCUUCCUCGUCGAUUCCGAUCAGAAGAGAAAGCCAUGAAGGAAGAAAAAUCUUCAGGCCCAGAACUAGAAGAAGAACCAGUCAGAGCAGGAAAAGUCACCAGUGCAGUUCAAUCAGAAUAUCUGACAGAGCAGGCAGGAUGGGACACGUUGCAAGACGGCAAAAGGAAACCAUCGAAGGGGGUGCAAGACCACUGGGAAGCCCAGUGGCAGGAGUUCCUGAGGACACUGCAGCCCAUUCACACAGGAGGGGGAAAACCAGGGAUGUCAGAGAUGUCGCCAUGGGAUGAUACCAAGGCCUUUCUGGCCUCCUUUGAGCAAGUGGCCAAGGCCUGUCGGUGGCCUAGAGGAGAGUGGGCGGCCCGGCUCCUGCCAGCACUGAGCGGAGAAGCAGAACAGGCCUUCCGAAGCCUAGAAGCCAGAGAUCAGGAGGACUAUGGGAAAGUGAAGGCGGUCAUCUUGCGAGGGGAAGCCCUGAGGAUGGAGGCGCAGCGCCAGCACUUCAGGCAAUUCUGCUGCCAGGAGGUCAGAGACCCCCGAAGGAUUCACAGCCAAGUCCAGGAGCUUUGCCGGCAGUGGCUGAAGCCGGAGAGACACAGCAAGGAGCAGAUCCUGGAGCUGCUGAUCCUGGAGCAGUUCCUGGCCAGCCUGCCAGCGGACCUCCAGGGCUGGAUCCGGGCAGGAGGGCCGGACACCUGCUCCCAGGCCCUGGCCCUGGCCGAGGACUUCCUCACGAGCCAACAAGAGGCUGAAACAGGACAGAGGCAGCCGUGUCUCUCUGUUCUGCGUGGGAUCAUCCUCCCUGUUUCGAAAGAGGAGCAACAGGAUUUCCUGGAUACAGAGGAAGGGCCCUUGGACGCUGUGAAGGGACAGAUCUACAAAGAAGCCAAACGAAACAGUGACGCGGAGAUCAACGUGCUGGGCAGUGGAAUAAAAUUCACAAGUCACACUAAUUCAUCACUUUCUGCUGAAGAACUGGAAACGAUCCAGAGUGGUGUGAAAGAGGGAGAGGUGAAACACAACAAAAGCAGACUUUCUUUGCAGAUACUCAGCCCGAGUCUGAACCAGCCAGCCCAAGAGACCGUAGUCUGGCAAGUCCUGCAGGAGGAAGUUGACAACGUCGAUUUUUUGGGUGAUGAGAAAGGCAGUCAGGUCAAGAUGGAGAAUUCCCAAUGUGCAGGAAAUGAGCCGGAGGACACGCCCAGGACAGCCCCACAGAGAAGUGAAGUGAAUGUGCUGGAGACGGCGGAGAUGCAGGAGGAAGGCUGCCAGUCCAAAGAUGGACAAGAGAAACAGCCUGUGGGGAGAGAGAAGGAAUGUAACGAACUCACAGAACAACUUACAGCUGCAAUUAGCCCGCCUUCCGAAGUGUGCACAAGCGAUAACAUGCCAACGUUCUCCAAGUAUGGUAGAAGGUAUCGCUACACAUCGGAACUUGUUACGAUGAUGCACACCAGGGAAGAUCAUACCGAAUGUCAGGUAUCAGAGGAAACCGCCCAGCGAAAUGUAUGCUUUGAUCAAACAGUGCUGACAGGAGAGAGUACAUCGGAAUUAUCUGAGAAUGGCAAAGGUGGUAAUUUAAGGAGAUAUCAGAGUAAUCACACAGGAGAGAAACCUGAUCACCCUGCAGAGUUUGGGAAGAGCUUUAGUUAUAUGAAGUCACUAAAGCGAAAUCAAGGAAUUCAAAGUGAAGAGAGGCCAUAUGAAUGUUCUCAGUGUAAGAAAUGCUUCAGCCAGAGAGAACAUUUGUUGAACCACCAGCAACUUCAUACUGGGGAAAAAAGGCAUGAAUGUCCCCAGUGUGGGAUACUCUUCACUUUUAGAAAUGCAUUAGUGAGACACCAGAAAAUUCAUACUGCAGGGAAACCAGAAAAAGGCUCACAGCCUGGGAAAUGUUUCAAUCAAGGAGGAUUUUUGAAAAUCAAUCAGGGAAUUCAUACUGAACAGAAAUCAUACAGUUGUUCUCAAUGUGGGAAAUGUUUCAGGGACAGAGAAAACUUGAAGAGACACCUGAGGAUUCAUACUGGAGAGAAACCGUACAAAUGUUCCCAGUGUGGGAAAAGUUUCCGUCGGAGUGAACAUUUGAAGAAUCACCAGAGCGUUCAUACUGGAGAGAAACCAUACAAGUGUUCUCAGUGUGGGAAAUGCUUCAGCUACAGAAACUAUUUGAAGAUCCAUCAGAGAAUUCAUACUGGAGAGAAACCGUACAAAUGCCCUGAGUGUGGGAGAAGUUUCACUCGGAAUGAAACUCUGAAGACCCAUCAGAGAAUACAUACUGGGGAAAAACCGUACGAAUGUUCUCAGUGUGGGAAAUACUUCCGCAACCGCGUCUAUUUGAAGAACCAUCAGAGAAUUCAUACUGGCGAGAAAUCAUACGAAUGUUCUCAGUGUGGGAAAUACUUCCGUGAUAGAGUCUAUUUGAAGAACCAUCAGACAAUUCAUAAUGGGGAGAAGCCACACAAGUGCCCUGAGUGCGGGAAAGCUUCAGAGACAGAGAAUCAUUGAAGAGACAUCAAAAAUUUCAAACUAACCAUAUGAAAUCCUCGGUAUGAGAAAAGCUACAGUGGCUGGGUUCACACAACAUGCAAACCCACCCAGUGUGGGUUGUUGUUGGACCCUGGGCUUUCGAAUUGUCUGAAUGCAGCACUUUUCCCGCAGGGCGGGGUAUCAUGUUGUCUGAACGCAGUGUGUUUUCCACAGGGUUCAUAGAAUCAUAGAAUAGCAGAGUUGGAAGGGACCUACAAGGCCAUCGAGUCCAACCCCCUGCUCAAUGCAGGAAUCCACCCUAAAGCAUCCCUGACAGAUGGUUGUCCAGCUGCCUCUUGAAUGCCUCUAGUGAGGGAGAGCCCACAACCGCCCUAGGUAACUGGUUCCCUUGUCGUACUGCUCUAACAGUCAGGAUUUUUUUCCUGAUGUCCAGCCGGAAUCUGGCUUCCUGUAACGAACCCAUUAUUCCGUGUCCUGCACUCUGGGAGGAUUGAGAAGAGAUCCUG